AAAUUUCUUUCUAUGUCGUGAACUUAUUCUGUAGUGUUCUCUCUACGGGCGUUCGGGUACGUUCGGUUACAGAGAAAUGUGAACUAUCCAUUGUAAAAACAUUGAAAUCUUUUAGGGAAAUUUCGGAAGUCAUUCGGGACGCAGAAGAUGAAGAAGCACAAAAUCAAGUUGGUACAAGAUCUCAUUCGUGAUCUUACCCCUCAUAUGGAUGCAGGAGCAAGAGGCACAAGAAUUCCCGUCCAUAUAAGGAUCUUUGGUGCCUUAAGGUUUUUUGCUCAGGGCUCAUAUCAGAAGGCAGGAGGAAAUGAGGCGUAUGUGACAUUGUCACAACCAUCAUUUAGCAGAGCAGUGUCUGAAGUUUGUCUGGCUCUAGAGUCAAUUGCUCAUAGAUGGGUAAAAUUCCCAUUAAGUGAAGCUGAAAAGCAACAGAAAAAAGAACAGUUUAUGGCGCAAUUUGGAUUUCCAGGAGUAAUAGGCUGCAUUGAUGGCACUCAUUGUUACACCUCAAGAUGAUGAGCAUCUAUAUUUCAAUAGAAAGCAAUAUCAUUCAAAAAAUGUACAAUUAAUAUGUGAUGCAAAUCUAUUGAUUCUAAAUAUAAAAGCAAAUUAUGGUGGAGCAUCUCAUGACGCUUUUAUUUGGAGAAAUUCCAAUGUAAGGAUUCAGAAGAAAUGUACAAUAAUGGUGAUCAUAAUUC